UGGUAAUGGCGUGCUGAACAACAGCAUGUGAGUUUUUAAAUCUUCCAAAGGCUCUUUACUUUAAGCAAUCUUCUCGUGACCACAUAAACCUGUAAAAAUAAGACAUGGCAUCAGUGGAGGAUGACUUCCCUCGAGGUGGGACACUCGGGAAGGCUAGUGAAAGUAAAAUAGCCUUGCCGGUUGAGGUGGAUAACCUUUUCAAGUCAAAUGAAAAAAAAGAGUCUAAGAAGAGAAAGGUGGAGUCCAAAGAUGCCAACAAGAAAGUCAAGAAGCAAAAGACUGCUGAGAGGAAUGAAGAUGGCCUGAUGCUCAAUGCAGCUGCAAAGUGUGUGGAAAUACUACAUUCCAAGCAUCUAAAGGAAGGCACGUUAAUGCUGGGCUGCGUGAAAGAUGUUUCAGACUUUGAGGUGACCGUCGGUCUACCUUGUGGUCUGCAAGGGUUUCUCAGCAUCAAGAACAUCUCUGACUCGUACACCAAACUGCUCACUGAGCAACUGAAUUCAAUUGACGUUGAGGACAUUUGUGCUUUGCCACACCUCUUCCAUCCGGGCAUGGUGGUGAGAUGUGUGGUUGCCAAAUUGGAGACCACUAAAGGAGGUGCGGCUAGCAUCCAGCUCUCCAUCAAUCCAAAGCUCGUCAACAAGGCGCUCACGUCAAAUUCUAUGAAAGUUGGCAUGGUGUUGAGUGGAUGUGUUGAGAGUCUUGAAGAUCACGGCUGCAUAAUUGAUGUUGGUAUCAAGGGAACCAAAGCCUUCCUUCCCAAGAAAGCUGACACAGAUAAACAGAACAAUGAGCUCAAAGUGGGCCAGUAUAUAACUUGCCAAAUAAAAGAAGUGAAGAACAAUGGACGUUUGCUGCAACUCGCCGCCAACCCCGCGGCUGUUCGCCAAGCUCUUGCUGAAUCCAAACAAGGAUGGACCUUGACUAAUCUUCUUCCGGGACUUCUUGUUAAAGCAACAGUCAAAGGGGUGACCAAACACGGACUUCUCUUGGGCUUCCUGUCCUCCUUCAGUGGUCAGGUAGACAUCCUUCACAUGGAGCAAGAGAUGGCUGACAGUUACAGCGAGGGAAGCAAGGUUCUGGCCCGUGUGCUGUAUAUGGAGCCAUCCACCCGUUUGGUAGGAUUAAGCUUGCGUGGCUACCUAGUUCAGCCUGAAUCCCGAAUCAAUACCAUCCCUGCUUGUGGCGAUCGCAUCGGAGAGGUGGUGGAGGACUGCAAAAUAAUCUCAAUGCACCACAUGUCCGGAGCUUUUUUGGAACUCCCUGACAAAACUGUCGCAUUUGUACAUAGGAACAACCUGAAGGAGUACAAGGACCCAUCUAAUGAGAACAAAAUACUGGCCAAACCUAAACAUACUUGCAGGAUAGUUGACUUCAGCCCCAUGGAGCAAAUUCACUAUGCUACUCUACGCAGGACUGUGAUAGAAAAACCCUUCUUUCGAUACCAUGAUCUAAAGCCUGGUCAGAUUGUAGAGGGCAAAGUCUCUGUUAUGCUGAAUCAUGGCAUGGUGGUGCACGUGUCGAACCGUAUUCGAGGACUGGUACCUCAUAACCACCUGUCAGACAUUGUCUUAAAGAACCCCGAGAAGGUGUACGCAGAGGGCAUGAAAAUCAAAUGUCGGGUGCUGUCAGUGGACGUAAACAGCCAAAAGCUGUUUUUAACCCGAAAGAAGACCCUCAUAACCAGCUCCCUGCCCUUAUUCCUUAGCUACAGUGACGCUCGUCCUGGACGAGUGUCUCACGGUUACAUUGUCAGUGUCAAAAACUUUGGCUGCAUCGUUCGGUUCUACAACAAUGUAAAGGGCCUGGUGCCAACCAAAGAACUCAGCUCUGAAGUAAUCCUCAACCCUGAGGAAGUCUUCUAUGUUGGUCAGGUGUUGAAGACGAGGGUACUACAGUGUGAUCCAGCGAAAGAAAGGUUGCUUCUCUCCCUUAAGCGUGCGAUGGCGCGGGAGACAGAAGAAACAGGAAACGCCCAAUUUGACCGUGAAGUGGGGAAGAGGCUGGAGGCCAAAGUGCUUAAGAAGUCAAUCAGUGGUCUGGAAGUGUCCAUUCUUCCCGAUGAUGUCCGUGCCCUCCUACCCACCUUGCACCUCUCGGAUCACGUGUCUAACUGCUCUUUGCUGCGGGAGACCCUGCAAGAGGGAGACACCGUUUCAGACCUUGUCUGCUUUCAGCAGAACACGAAACAAAUUAUUGUCACCAAGAAGCCAAUGGUGAUCUGGUCACUGGAGGAAGGGGAGGCUCCUAAGGAUUUCUCAGAGAUCACAGUUGGAAUGCAGAUGAUUGGCUGGGUCAAGAACAUCAUUGCCUAUGGUGUCUUUGUUGAGUUCCCCUACGGUCUUGUUGGCCUAGCACCAAAGUCUGCCAUUUCUGAAGAGUUCAUUGAUAAUAUAGCGACCAUCUUCCAAGUGGGGCAGACAGUAAUUGCUAAGGUGACUAAUUUGGAUGAGGAGAAGAAGCGAUUCCUGGUCACACUGCAAAUUUCUGAGGUCACUAUGCCAGAGGGAUCUGCCCUGAUGAGACUGAUUCACGCUGUGCAAGAGAGACGAGCUGUGACCGAAAUGAUUGCAACAAAAGAAGCCAAGGAGCCUUAUCAGCAGCUAGCUGCUCUGUCUGUUGGCCAGAGGCUGAAGUUGGUUUUUGACACAGAGAAGGAUGACAAAGGUGCCAUCUUCAAGUCAGAUGAGUUGGUUGGUGCCACCAUACAGGCCAACAAGCACCAUGUGAUGGGCAUUCAGUUGACCCCAGGACAGAAGGUUACUGCAGUUGUCCUUUAUGUUGACAUCCGGGCCACUACUGUCCAUGUCUCCCUCCUUUCCAAGUUGGUUACCAAAAAGAAAAUGCUGACAGAAGGGAGCAAGCACUCUGCAAUUUUGCAGCACAUUGACAAAGACCUAGCCAUCAUCUCAGUGGACGACACUGCUCAGCUGACUUUUAUUCAAACACAGAGCCACUUCAAUGAGGUCUACCUAACGGCGUCGGAGAAGCUGUUAGAAGGAAUGAUUUUAGACGUUGAGGUUGUCCAACCCAGCUGCGAGCAACUGCAAGGGCUCCCUCUAUUGUCAUGGAAGCGAUCCCGAACCAAAGGACUGGGCAAACCAGUUUCAAACCAGAUGAACGCUGACACUGGUUACCAAUUUGGAGACAUUUUGCAGGGCAAAAUACGGACAAUAAAGCCUACCAGCGUUCAGGUUGCACUCAAGGAUGGACGCACGUGCUAUGUGCAUGUGUCUCAGGUGAUGGAGGCUGCAGAAGUGUCGCCAGGAUCCUUCCCCACAUCUUCGGUCAAAGUGGGCAGUGAGGUCACCGGCAGGGUCAUUGGAGGACGAGACGUCAACAGUACCGGAUUAUUACCCAUUUCCCAUCCAAGAUUAAAAUACACCUGCCCUGAGCUCACACUAAUACCCAGCAAACUGGAUGGUAAAUUGGAGGUCAAGUCGUAUACAGCUGAAGAGAACUUGCGUCGUCACAAGGUUGGACAGGAAAUUACCUGUUUUGUUUCAAAGUUUCAUCAAGAGAGCAAGAGUUUGGAGGUCACCUCUGGUCCUUUUGUUUCGGGGACAGUGGAACUGCUGGCUAUGAUUACUGAUCUGAAAGAUUCCGGUCGCCUUGAAAAAAUGUACAAGCUUGGCCAGGCGGUUCAGGCUAAAGUGGUUAAAGUGAGUCUCAAGCCUCAACGACUGUCACUGUCACUCACAGGCAUUUAUAAACUGGAGGCAGGCUGUAUCACUUGGGGAAUGGUGACAAGUAUGCCGCCACACCUCGGCCUUGUGGUCAAACUCCCAUUUGGUUGCGCGGGAACUGUGGCCAUCACUGACCUCGCUGAUGCAUACAAGCCCAACCCGUUGGCUGCAUUUAGCAAGGAUCAGCUGCUGAGGUGUUACCUUCUGGGCAGUGAAGAUGGCAAGUGGCGGCUAUCGCUUCGACCAUCAAGGUUGAACCCACAACAGGCCAAGCCAGCAAAAGACACCGAGAUUUUAUCCUUAGACAAUCUACAAGAAGGCCAGUUAAUUAGAGGCUAUGUCAAGUCUAUCAGCGAGCAAGGGGUCUUUCUAAGGUUGUCAAACAACAUUAUUGGGAGAGCCGAGCUUCAGCGGUCCUCCAAGUACUUUGUUAACAACCAUAAGAUCCUCUGUAAUCAUCUGCCACCCAGCACCCUGCUCACCACAAAAAUUGUCAGCAUUGACAGAAAGGAAAAGCUAGUUGACCUGUCCCUGCUCACUAUGGACACUGGGAAGCCAGACAUCCUUCCGGAAUCCCUCCAUCUGCCGCUACGUCUCCAGGGAGAGGAUAAGAACAAGUACAACCUUGAAAGGAAAAAGAAACGCCCACUGUCAGAAAGUGAAGAGACCAAAAAUGAGUCUGAAGCCCCAAAGAAGAAGAUGGAGAAGACGGAGAAGACGGAGAAGACGGAGAAGACGAAGAAGACGAAGAAGACGAAGAAGACGAAGAAGACAGAGAAAACAACAAACCUUAUAGACAACGACAGUGGGGUUGAGGUGUACUUUCGAGAGGAAGAGGAUCAGGAAGACAAAGACACCCAAUCUGCUGCUGUGAAUGUCUCAAGUUCCUCAGGUCCUAUCAGACUGCAGGUUGCAGCAGAGUUCUCCUGGGAUCUUGGCUUGAGCUCAUUGAAGCCUGCCACAGCAAACAAGCAUGCAGACUCAAGUGAUGAAGAGGACCAAGAUGAAAGCAGCAAGUCUCAGAAAAAAACUCGACGUGAGCUGGCGCAGGAGAAAAAGGCGGCGGAGAAAGCCUUGACGCAGCGGGAGAUUGAGUUGAUGGACCCUCAGCUCAGGCCCCAGGAUGCGGGAGCGUUUGAGCGCCUACUCUUGGCCUCUCCCAACAGUUCCAUUCUCUGGCUUCAGUACAUGGCUCACCACCUGCAGGCCACCCAGAUCGAGCAGGCGCGAGCUGUGGCAGAGAGGGCACUUAAAACCAUUUCUUUCAGAGAGGAGCAGGAGAAGCUGAAUGUAUGGGUGGCUUUGCUCAACUUGGAAAAUUUGUACGGCACCCAGGAUAGCCUCAAGAAAGUUUUUGAGCGAGCCCUCCAGUUCUGUGAGCCCAUGCCCGUCUAUCAGCAGCUGGCGGACAUCUACACCAAAUCUGACAAGAUCAAGGAGGCAGAGAACUUGUAUAAGUCAAUGGUGAAGCGUUUUCGUCAAAACAAAGCAGUGUGGCUCAGCUAUGGUGCCUUCCUGCUUCAGCAAGGCCAGAGUGAUGCUGCCGGUGCUCUCCUGCAAAGGGCGCUUAAAAGUCUACCAUCCAAAGAAAGUGUGGAUGUCAUCGCCAAGUUUGCUCAACUAGAGUUUCGUUACGGAAACACGGAAAAGGGUUUCGCAAUGUUUGACAAAGUCCUGACAAGCUACCCGAAACGCACAGAUCUCUGGUCUGUUUUCAUCGACCUCAUGGUCAAACAUGGAUCACAGAAGGAAGUCCGGGCCCUCUUUGAUCGUGUGAUCCAUCUAAGUGUGUCUGUGAAGAAAAUCAAGUUCUUCUUCAAACGCUACAUGGAGUACGAGAAGAAGCACGGCACACCACAAAGCAUCCAGGCGGUCAAAGAAAAGGCUGUGGAGUUUGUGGAAGGCAAAGGCAGUGUAGCUGCCAGCUCGUGAAUCUUGCAGAUUGUAUAUUUGCGUGUGGACUCCGUGCUUGCAGGUCCUUCAGCACCCUGUGGUGCAUCUGUGUGGAGCCGCAAGAUGGGUUUGUUGCACAUUGGGCACACGCUGCGGAUCUCCAGCCACUUGAGCAGGCACCUGAAAGCAUGGAAACUGUUUUUGGAAUAGGGCUGAGGAAGAACUAUAUUCAUUUUGAACAGUACACACAAAAUGUAGGCCUUGUUGGAGCUUGUAGGUGGCUAUUGUUGCCGUGUCUGCCCCCAUGAAUAAAUAAAAAUUUAUAAAAAAAAAGGCAAUUAUCAUAAAUACAUUAUAUAUAUUAUCUGGGCCCAGAUGUUUCUUUAAAAUAAUACACAGCCACGGGAAACAUUGAGACCGCUGUGAUUUCUUGAAUUUCUUGUUCAAUGUCUGUUAUGACUGGUGCCACUUAAAGUGUGUCAGGUGAGUAACCGACACAAAAGAAAACAUGGAAUGCUAAAAAUGUCGGUUUUACCUGCGUGAGAACUUCCAAAGUCAUUUCGGUCAUUAUCAUGCAAAACGUUUUGUCUCAAUCAGCUCUUGAAUUCAUAUUUUAGGUGCUGUUUUUAUUUGAUUGAGGUCCAAACAAAUGCACCUUUAGUUGUACUCAGCAUUCAUAAUGAACUGAAAGUUGAUUAAA